AUGUGCUUGUUGAAAUCAACUGGAGUAUCCCUCAUCCUGUCCAUACUUCUAUUCAUCGCAGACUCUUACCCAAGCAGCGACAAGACAAACAUGGGUUGUGAGGAAUGCACACUGAAACCGAACACAAUAUUCCCCAACAUCAUGCAGUGUACAGGUUGCUGCUUCUCCAGAGCUUAUCCAACCCCACUACGGUCAAAGCAAACCAUGCUGGUCCCCAAAAACAACACCUCUGAAGCCACAUGCUGCGUUGCAAAAGAAGGGGAAAGGGUCACCACCAAGGAUGGCUCACCGGUGACGAAUCACACAGUGUCACUGCAGCACCUGUUAUUACCAUAAAUCAUAAACUGUCUGUAAGGGCUGGAAAUCUCCUUGUCGUAGAAGUAAAAGGUUGGCAACAGAUUAUAUAUUUUGCGCUACUUAUUACUGAAGUUCUUUGUGUUUUAAGAGAAAUCCCAUAUUAGGAAAUCAUUGUGAUCCACAAAAGGUAAUAUACUGCGGAUAAUAUUUAUAGUGCUCUCAUGGUUGCAAUGAUAUAAAGCUGU